UAGAUAGACAUAAAACAUCUAACAGAAAACAUCUAACAGAAUCAUGUUCCUCUUUUGACCAAAAAUGACAAAAAAGGCGAUUAUUUUAACAGUGUGACGAUAUUGUUGUUGAAGUUGUGCUGUACCUUUAAGAAUGACGUAGUGGUGACGUAGCGUGCGGAGGGCGUGGCCGGCUGGUGAGAUGUCAGGGAGGAAUGGCGCUCGGCGCGGUAUUUUGAACAAUCGCCUGUUUUUCCUUUCCUCAUUUUAUCUGGAAACGUUGCCCAGCGUAAAAAAAAACAUCGGGGUUAACAGAGAGCAUAGACUUUGCAAGCAUGGACGUGGUGUCACCAGAGCUCAACAGCCUCCUUCCUGAUGAGAUCAUGGACACUGAGGCCAUAGAGGACAUCCCUCACUCGCAGCCCGGCGGCGCCACGGUCCAAUCAGAGCCCAGCGAGGACAUGCCGGUCCCCAUGGAAACAGACACGCCCAUAAUAGCUUCAGAAAACUUGAGCCACUGUUCAGAUGCAACUCCAACAGAACACACUCAGGUUCUCACCACCUCCACCGGUGCAGACGGCACGCUCAGCAUCAGCUCUGGAAGUCAGCUUCCCAUCUCCAUCUCCAGCACGUCAACAUCCCUUCUCACCCUUAAACCAGCCAUGUCUACUUCUAUAGCCACCACCAGGACCACGGACAGCCUGACCGGGACUAGUAUCUCUACCAGUGGCUUACAGAAGCUCACGGCUCCGUUCACCAUCUCGGCUGCAAACCACCAGAUCAUUCUCAACAAGGUGGCCUCAUCUCAAGCCUCAGAGGCAGCAAAGUCAGCAGGUACUCAACCCCAGGUCAUCAAACAGGAAGGACAGAAACUUUUGGUCACAGCGAUAGGAAAGUCAGGGCAACCUAUAGUGCUGCAGUUACCACACACAGGUGGCAAGCCUGGCGUUUCUCAGCUUUCAGGAGACAUCAAAUCCCAAGCUCCACAGUUUAAAGUGGUGACGAUCGGAGGGAGGUCGGAGCUCAAACCGGUGAUGGGGAGCGCUGGCAACCAGGUGACCACGUUACAGGCCCAGCAGCUGAAGACGGCCGUACAGAUUGCGAAGAAAACCCCAACAUCCUCAGCUGCACCAAUCAAGUUCAUCAUCACAAAAACUGUUAACAGCAAAGGUCUCAGUCCUCAGACAUCAGUGUCUCCUGUUAUUGCAGGACGGGCCCUGACGCAGAGUUCCCAGGUGAUGCCUCCGAGGACCAUCACUCUGUCUGAGCCCCACAACACCACCUUACAGAGUAUCUCCGGCAAAAAGAUUGCUAUUUCACCCCUCAAGACUCCCAGUAAGGUUACCGUGGUGUCGGUGGCGUCCCCGACCUCCAGCGCCUCUCAGAAGUCCAUGGCGCUGCCCGUGAAUGUAGCGCUCGGCCAGCAGAUCCUCACAGUCCAACAGUCCACAUCUGCUUCUCCAGUCAAGGUGGCCACCAGCCAAACCUCCUCACAGAGUAUGAAACCAGUGCAGUCUGUGGCCGUGGGAGGAGUCGGCUCCCAGUUCAAGACCAUCAUCCCGUUGGCCACCCAGUCCAACGUGCAGCAGAUUCAGGUUCCAGGUAGCAGGUUCCACUACGUCCGGCUGGUCACAGCCACCACGGCGAGCAGCACGGGACAGCCCAGUGGGCCCAGCACCAGCUCUAUCCAGACAGCUAAACCCAUGGUGGUCAGUACAGGAGCAGUCAGGAUGUCUGUCCCCAUCGUCCCAGCACAGACCAUCAAACAGGUGGCGCCUAAGCCCUUAACAUCAGCGGCGGUAGUGACCACCACUCAGACCCAGCAACGCCUCAUCAUGCCUGCAACGCCACUGCCCCAGAUCCAGCCCAACUUCACCAACCUGCCUCCAGGAACCGUCCUGGCUCCGGCGCCAGGAGGCGGGAACGUGGGCUAUGCAGUCGUUCCAGCACAAUACGUCACACAGAUCCAGCAUUCUCCGUAUGUGACCCUCGCCAGCAACUCCGGGUUCCCCUCGUCCACCGCUGUCCAGACUCAGGCCAGACUGCCCCUCAACGGCUUGUCAACAGCAGAAACGACCUCGAGGCCGAGGAAACCCUGCAACUGCACCAAGUCCCAGUGUCUCAAACUAUACUGUGACUGCUUUGCAAAUGGAGAGUUCUGCAAUAAUUGUAACUGCAAUAACUGCUUCAAUAACCUGGAACAUGAAACAGAACGUCUCAAAGCUAUUAAGACGUGUCUGGACAGGAACCCAGAGGCCUUCAAACCUAAAAUUGGUAAAGGCAAAGAGGGAGAAUCAGACCGGCGACACAGCAAAGGCUGCAACUGCAAACGAUCAGGCUGCCUGAAGAACUACUGCGAGUGUUACGAGGCAAAGAUCAUGUGCUCCUCCAUUUGUAAAUGCAUCGGCUGUAAAAACUUUGAGGAGAGCCCGGAGAGGAAGACGCUGAUGCACUUGGCUGACGCAGCAGAAGUGAGAGUUCAACAGCAGACGGCAGCCAAAACCAAACUGUCGUCACAGAUCUCAGACCUGCUCAUGAGGGCGGCGCCGGUUAUCUCUAGUGGAGGGGGCAGGCUGCCGUACACAUUUGUAACGAAGGAGGUGCUGGAGGCGACGUGCGAGUGUCUGCUGGAACAGGCCAAGAGGGCGGAACAGACUCACCAGCCGGAGGUGGAGGCAGAGCGGAUGAUCCUGGAGGAGUUCGGACACUGCCUCAUGAGGAUAAUCAGCUCCGCGGGGAAAGCCAAAUCAGACUGUGCCUCCAUUAACUGCUAGGCCGAACACUGGCAAUGAAAAAAAUCACUCUGCACUCUGUCUCAGACCCCUGGGGCUCCUCUCCUGCGGGGAAACAGGUUGUCUCCCUCCUCAAAAGGCAGAACAAUGGCCUGAAAGUGGAUUCCCCUGCCUCAGGAAAGCUCAGGCCAGCUGGAAUAAUAAUCAUGGAACAGACUGAAGGACACAUGGACAGAGCACGGCGUCUCUGGAGCAGCUGUUCUCACACCUGGCCGCCAUGGACAGAAAUGACACAGCGAGGUCGUGGCGAACACGAAUUCCUUCACUUUAUUUUCCCCCGAUUCAAAUCUGCGUUCUCCAAACAUUUGCUCUUCCAUUUUUAUUGUAUUUUCUUUUAUUCUUCUCCCUGUUUUAGAGGUUUUUGAAAACGAGAAGCCUGUAAUUUUAUGUAAUCAAUCGUGCUUACGGUAGACGUACAGAACAUGUAUCUUUUGAUAUUUAUUUUGACAUGUAUUUGUAAUCUUUGUGAGCGCUAAUAUUGUGUGGCUUAUAGUGCUGCAAACUGUUAAUUAUUAACCAAGGCUAGGCUAAAUUGUUUCAAUGAAAAUGAGUAGAGGCAAUCUUAGGUUUUAUCCCUAAAAGUUGUUGUAAGAUGAAUGCACACACACACACAGACUCACACACACACAGCACUGCUCACAACAGCUGGAGAGGUUUCUUCUGGUGCUGAUUUUUGUUUUAUCAGUCACAUGCUUACUGUACAUUAAAAAACACAGUGAAUGGAAAAGCUAUUAACGACUUGUUAAAUUAUGUUCCUAACUAAAGGGAGCAUCAGUUAAUAUAACACAGAGUCAGCUGAUCUGUCCCAGGCUGGUCUGACGUCACAGGGCUGCAAAUGAAGUGAGAAAUUACCUGUUUUGGCAUUAAAUUAAAUUAAUUGCUAGAUUUCAUUUACUUUUGCAUGUGCCAAUUGUGUUUGCUGGCUCACUGGAAUAAGUUAAUUUAAACUAUUUUAGAAUAUGUUGUCCCAAAUCUGCACAGGUGUUUACAGUGCUCUAAAUCUGACCUCUGACUA